CUCAAGGGGGGGGGUUUGCCGAAAUACUCUGUGGAAAAACGAACGAACAGCCAUCGGGUGAGCUCGUGCGAGCUCGUUCUCGCUUAGGCUCGCUCGUCUGCCGGCCACACGAGCUCGUGUGCCCGCUUACGCUCUUUGUAACUCACGACUGCUCUCGCUCUCUCUCUCCCUUGUUCUCUCGGCAACGAUCAAUCAAUUGCAACGAACGCUUCGCACACAUAAAUUGUUCUACUAAUCAGGCAGCCGCCACAUUCAUUCACAACUCGUUUGCGCUGUCGCAUGGCCUCAACGGUUCUUACAAAAAUUCAAUAAAAAAAAUAAUAAUACUAAUCAAACACUGCGCUUAACUUCGUCGUGUGCAUUAUUCGCUUCGUGCUUCGUGUUUCGUGUCCGGGUUCACAGCUUGACCCCGGCUUUGGAUUUAGCUUCAGCUUCUGUGCCGAAUCGUGCCAAAUCAUCAAAACAUAUAAUAAAUGUGCUUAACGAUAACUCAAUCUUAUUGUACAAGAUAAAGUAUAUAUAUAUAUAUAUUAACAACAUGCUACGCCUGGCCAAGAAAGUAGUAAAUCCUUGAAAAACCUAUUAAAUUAAUCAAUUAAAAGUGCAGCAAGCGGAAAAAGAACUUAACAAAACGUUAAAAAUUCGUGAGCAAAGCUGCAAUUCUAUGAGUUUUGUUAUCAAAAGAACUACGAACAUUGAGUUUUCAUUGCUGCCAAACAGAUAACAAUUAUUUCCAGCAAAAGAAAGAGUGUAGUUAUAAGAAACUGAUACCAAAGUUGUCAACAGUUGCAAGUGAAAAUAGUUAAAAAAGAGAACCGAAAAUGGCCAAGUACUACAUGACCCUGGCUCUGCUGCUGUGCCUGGCACUGGAGAACAACAACAUCUACGCCCGAUCGCAUCCCAGCUCCUCUGAGACAGCCAGUCUGCCCCUGAUGCGCACCCAUACCCAUCCCCAUCCCCGACAUCAGCCGCAUCAACAUGUGCAACACACGUCGCAGCAGCUGCAACAGCACCACACACGCCAGCACAGGGAUCGUCAGCCCAAGCAUAUUGCCCCAGAUCCCACCAGCGAAGAGGCGGAGCCGACGGCCAAUCAACAACAACACUACUAUCAACGCCUAACGCGUCAUCUGCGACGUCAGCGACAGCAUAUGCUGCAACAGGAGCGAAGUUAUCACCGUGUGACGAACGAGGAACUCAAGAACAGUCCCAAGCUGUGGCAGCUGCUCAGCCAGGGACAUUUCUACGAUGAGCCGGAGUCCGAGACUAACAUGGACACGGAGACGGUGACGGAGACGGAGACGAAGACCGAUGAGCUGGACUUUUCACAAAUGCUUAGCGAUGCACCAGCUGAGAUGCAGGAAGAUGAGCUGCUGCCAGGCUUUGAUGAGCAGGAGUAUAUCAGAAAUGAGCUGGAAUCAAGCCUGGCUGAGCCUGCGCCACCAGAGAUCAUAGAAGAAGCAGUUUCCGCUUCAGUUCUCAACAUAACUAACAGCCCCUCGAAUAUAACCAAAGUCGCCUCUGGUGGCUGCCCCAAAUGCGAGAGCAAUCGCCAGGUGGAGCACAUUACGGAGGAGGAGCUGAGGCGUCUGCGUAUUGAGUUCGUCAAGCAGCAAAUUCUGGAAAAGCUGCGCCUCAAGGAGAGUCCCAAUGUUUCGGCCUUGGAGCUGCCACGCCCUAUUUUCGAGGGCGUUACGCUCACACAGACGGAUGAGUCCAGCAAGAACAAAGAUUAUGAUGAUUACUAUGCGCGAACCAAUCAGAAAUUUAUUCUCAUGCAGCGAGAAGAAAUCGAGUGUCGUCGCUUGGGAGUGCAUCCCUCGAUGUGUUUCAGUUUCAAGAUCGAUGAUGCGGAUGCCGAUGGCUUCGAUGUGAGCAGCGCCGUCUUGUGGCUCUACAAGAACAAACGGAACUACACGAGCGCCGAUAAUGAGAGUCCAUCAAGUGGCACACAGAAAAAGCAAACCAUUGUGGUCUCCGAGGUGGAGCAACAACUGGACUCCAAGUACUUGCCUCUGGCCAAGACCAUCGCCAUACAAUCUGUGGAUGUGCAGGAUGAAUGGAUGAAAAUCAAUAUUGAAUGGCCAAUCAAGAGUUGGUUCGGCAAUCACGAGCUCAGUCAUCUCAUUCAGAUAACCUGCGAAUCGUGUGACAUAAGCAGCAUGGAGGAGAUAAUAUCUGUGAAUAAGAACUAUAGACCCUUCAUCAUGAUUGACACGCAGAAUCGUCAAAGUAAAUCGAGACAAAGGCGUAAUAUUAACUGCUCCAGCGGGGUCACAGAAUGUUGCCGUGAGAAGCUCUACAUUUCGUUUGCGGACAUUGGCUGGGAUAAUUGGAUCCUGCAGCCCAAAGGAUAUGAUGCCUACUUCUGUCGCGGCUCCUGCAGCUCCGUGGCGAGUGUUGCCCAGGCGGCAUCACAUCACAGCUCAUUGCUGAAAAUCCUUUCGACAAAUGGUACACGCAAACCAUUAGAUCUGGUACCCUGCUGUACCGCCAAACAGUAUUCCUCAUUGCAGUUGGUCGUCGUCGACUCGAACAACACGGCGACAAUCAAAACUCUGCCCAAUAUGAUCGUCGAAUCGUGCGGCUGCAGAUAGUUGGGAAUCGGAUGGCCAAGUGCCAAGGCUAUACAAAUAUACAAAUACAGAUACAAAUACAAAUGCAUAAACAUAUACAUCACUUUUAAGUACGAAAACAACAUCGAUUAAUCCCCUUUCUCUCAAACCAUAAAUCGGACAAAUUAGAUAUAGCUCUCAUUCGCUUACCUUCCUUUCAUUUCACAUAAUUGCAAUUAAUUUAAUUUCACUGCACUUCACGCAUUAUUCAUCAUCUUUCAAAUGUACUAAUUUAAGCUAACGGUAUUUAAAUUACUUACUUAUCUUUAUUACGCUGCCAUUAGUCGUAGUCGCUGCAAUUAGUUUAUUUAGUUAAAGCUCAAGUGAAUGUACUUAAGCACUCGCACUCGAACUAUGGUUACUAUAAUUCCCAUAAGUAGUUAGCCAGUAAUUACAUAGUAAUUAAUAGUUAAUUAAUUACUUAAUUAUAUAAGCUAGUUUAAAUUCGAUUUGUGUAAUGUUUCCUUUUCUUAAGUAAUGUCAUAAAUUAUUGAGAAAAAAGAUGACAAAAAAUUUAAAUAAAAAAAA